GCAACUAAGUCUGGGCGGCCCCGCCUGCCCGCCCCGCCCCUUCCUUGGUCUCAGCCUGGCGCGCGGUUGCUGUGGCAGCGCCGGACGCAGCUCAAGUCGCGACUGCCGGCGCCUCCAGCUUUUUCUUUUCCUCCAAAGGCUUCCGCGGACCCCUGGCUGCGGCCCAGUCCCAGGCUCAGCCAUGCCCCUGGGGAGACGCGGCGGCCGGGUGAGCGCUCUGGGGGGCGAAGGGGACGAAGAGGCGCCCCGGGCGGCGGCCGCAGCACCCAGGGCUUCUCCGCAGCAGCCGGAGGCGGCAUCCGAGCAGGUCCUGCUCCGGGGCAUCUUCGAGAUCGGGAGGAGCAGCUGCGACGUGGUGCUGACUGUGCGGGCUCUCAGAUGGCGGCCUAUCGAGCCGGAGCGCCCCACGGGUGAUUCCAAGUGUGACUUGUCAUGUAAAGAAGAAUUUCUUAAACUCAAGGACAUAUUCUCUGUCAAACUGAAACGACGUACUUUGCUACCCCAGGAGGGAAAUGGUACUUUAUUGGGUAUCACACUCUUCAUCUGUUUGAAAAAGGAACAAAAUAAAUUAAAGGAUUCUACACUGGAUCUUAUUAAUUUAAGUGAAGACCACUGUGACAUAUGGUAUAGACAGUUCAAGAAAAUUUUGGCAGGUUUUUCAAACAGACCAAAGUCAUUAAAAAUACUUCUUAACCCCCAAAGCCACAAAAAAGAAGCUACCCAGGUCUAUUAUGAGAAGGUUGAACCACUCUUGAAGAUUGCAGGAAUAAAGACUGAUGUAACAAUAACAGAAUAUGAAGGGCAUGCUCUGUCAUUGCUAAAGGAGUGCGAACUGCAGGAAUUUGAUGGUGUUGUCUGUGUUGGGGGAGAUGGCUCUGCCAGUGAAGUAGCCCACGCUUUACUUCUCAGAGCCCAGAGGAGCGCGGGCAUGGAAGCAGACAGCGACAGCAUCCUGACUCCUGUCCGGGCACAGGUCCCCCUCGGCAUAAUACCAGCAGGCUCUACUAACGUACUGGCCCAUUCUCUUCAUGGAAUCGCUCAUGUGGUAACUGCAACUUUGCACAUUAUAUUGGGGCACGUGCAGCCGGUCGACGUCUGCACCUUCAGCACCGCUGGCAGGCUUCUUCGCUUUGGCUUCUCAGCCAUGUUUGGCUUUGGUGGAAAAACUUUGGCUCUGGCAGAAAAACAUCGAUGGAUGUCCCCUAACCAACGGAGGGAUUUUGCUGUAAUUAAGGCACUGGCAAAACUUAAGCCAGAGGACUGUGAAAUAUCUUUUUUACCAUUGAACAGCUCUCCAGAUUUGCAAGAAAGGAAGGCACAGGGUUCUCCCAAAUCUGACGGUGAUGCUCGGUGGCACGUGAUCCAGGGGCAGUUCCUGAAUGUCAGCAUUAUGGCCAUUCCUUGCCUGUGUUCCGUGGCACCUGGAGGGUUGGCACCUAAUACCAGGUUAAAUAAUGGAAGUAUGGCUCUUAUAAUUGCACGGAACACUUCUAGACCAGAAUUUAUAAAACACCUGAAAAGAUAUGCCAGUGUUAAAAAUCAGUUCAACUUUCCAUUCAUUGAGACAUAUACUGUUGAAGAAGUAAAAGUUUACCCCAGGAAUAAAACCAGGGCACACAGUCCAGAGGAGGAGGAUCAACUGCACGGAACUGCUUCAGAAACCAGUUUCCCUUGGAAUGUAGACGGUGAUUUAAUGGAAGUCACAUCAGAGGUUCACGUUAAAUUGCACCCAAGACUUAUUGAUCUUUAUGGAGAAAGCACGGAAGAAAUGAAUGAUGCCAAAGUAACAUGAUGGAUUUGUACUCUCUCUUAAAGAAGCCAACCUGAAAAACCCAUUGCACAAUCACUAGUUUGUAGUCAUUAUACUUAUACAAAAUGUCUGAACGGUCAAUGCCAGUAAAUCCUUACUUAACAUCGCUGAUCAUUUCAAUUGAAAUCAUAGCACCUAUGUAUUUGAAAACUGGGUUUAUCACAGGCUAAUUGAUAUAAACAAGAGUUAAGUUCCUAACAUUAAGACAAAAUAAAGUUGAAUGAAAUAACAUAAUUUUAGGACCUGCUGUGUUUCUUAAACUGUGUCCCAUGUAGUCAGUAAAACUUGUUUGGAAAAUA